UAUGAUCGCUAUGAUUGUACCUUUGGCCUUUUCUGCAAGCUGCUUAGUAGUAGAUAACAGAGUGGUCUUAGUUAGAGAUUGGCCACACAUUCAUUAAUUAGUACCAAAACCUUAGAGUGGAACACAGGCAAAAGACGAGAAGGAUGCAGCAGCGUCUCGACUUGCUUGUUUUGGUGGCACUGCACUUUGCCGUUGUAGUGUUUGGUGCCGGUGGCGGUGAUGAUGAUUUUAGCAGAAACGACUUCCCUGCUUCUUUCGUUUUCGGUUCCGGUUCUUCUGCUUAUCAAGUAGAAGGGGCAGCAUUUGAAGAUGGACGGAAGCCUAGCAUUUGGGAUACCUUUUCUCAUGCUGGUGCAUACAAUGGAGCCAAUGGGGAUGUAGCUUGUGAUGCAUACCACAAAUACAAGGAAGAUGUACAACUCAUGGUUGACACUGGAUUAGAAGCCUACAGGUUUUCCAUUUCGUGGUCGAGACUUAUUCCUAAUGGAAGGGGACCUGUCAAUCCAAAGGGGUUACAGUAUUACAAUAAUCUCAUCAAUGAACUUGUCAGUCAUGGAAUUCAACCACAUGUUACACUAUGUCACGAUGAUCUGCCACAAGUACUUGAAGAUGAAUACGGUGGAUGGCUAAGUCAAAAAAUAAUCAAUGACUUCAUUGCAUAUGCGGAUAUUUGCUUCAAGGAAUUUGGUGAUAGGGUUUUGCAUUGGACAACUGUGAAUGAGGCCAAUGUAUUCGCUUUGGGUGGUUAUGAUUUGGGAUUUACACCCCCAGGGCGCUGUUCCCCACAUGUUGGAAUUGGACCUUGCUCUAGAGGCAACUCUUCAACCGAGCCAUACAUAGUAGCUCACAAUAUGCUGCUUACUCAUUCAUCUGUUUUCAGAUUGUACAAGAGAAAGUACAAGUCAACACAGCAUGGUUUUGUGGGAUUAAAUAUCUUUGCAUAUCGGUUUAUUCCUCAUACAAAUGCAACGGCAGAUGAAGUUGCAACUCUGCGAGCUUAUGCUUUCUACCUGGGUUGGUUUAUCAGUCCCUUGAUAUUUGGAGACUAUCCUGUCACAAUGAAGGGUAGGGUCGGCUCGAGAAUGCCCACCUUCACCAGACAAGAAUCUGAGCAAGUUAAGGGUGCUAUAGACUUCAUAAGCCUCAACCAUUAUACUACAUUGCCUGUUAAAGACCGGCCGAGUGCCUUUGAAAGAGAUUAUAGGGACUUCAAUACCGAUGCAGAAGCACAAUUAAUAUUUGAGCAAGCUGGUGUUACACCCAAAGGCGAGUAUCCAUGGACACAACCGGGUCUCUAAGCAGUAUUGGAGUACUUCAAGAAAACUUAUGGCAACCUACCAAUUUACAUUCAUGAAAAUGGUCAGACGACGCCACGAAACGCGACACUAAAUGAUACGGGUAGAGUAGAAUAUCUGCAUGCUUAUAUCAGGAAUUUGCUUGAUGCUAUGAGGAAUGGAUCAAAUGUCAGAGGCUACUUCUCAUGGUCAUUCUUGGAUGGUUUGGAGUUAUUGGAUGGAUAUGAAUCGGCAUAUGGCCUAUACUACGUGGAUUUGGACGACAAAAAUUUAACAAGAUAUCCAAAGCUUUCUCAACAAUGGUACUCCAAUUUCUUAAAGGGAAAAAGUCGCAAAUCUAAUGUGAAUCUUGAAAUUGGGAAGGAAGUAAUCUCAUUCUUCAGAGUCUGAAUUUUCUUCAUAAUUAUAUCGUGGUUGUAUGUCAACCUAACUAUGGGAUUCCUAGUUAUUAUUUCUGCCAGUCCUUGCAUACAAUAAUACAUCAGCUGACUUUUCCUUCUAAAGUGGUUGCUUACUUUGGUGA